UUGCAGUCAGCUGGCAGUCAGCAGAAGUAGCCUGCAGUACUGCAUUCUAACCACUGUGCCACCACAGCUCUUAUUAUAAAGGGAUUGUAAAGAUUACAGAUAAACAACCUACGCAAAAUGUCUUACGUAUUCUCAGACAUGGAUGGUUUUAAUGCAUCACUGAAAGAUUGCUGUUGCUUUCUUUUGUCCUUUCAGUUGCCAGUUACACUAAGCCAAUCUUAUUUUACUUGCACUGUAGUUUUCUGGUUAUCGCAUUCCUUAAACUUAAUAACCCAAAAUUGAGUGUGUUUUUUCUAUAGGUAACACCACACAAACCCAUUACCCAAUUACAACUGGGACAUUUAAAUUGGCUUAACAUGUUUUACCUACAUUGGGUAGAAAGGUCUUUUUGAUAAGUGGUUUUUGAUCAUGAAGGAAAAUGUUUGGGAAACGCAGCCCUAAACUAAGGGAACACAACUUCUAUUAGCAUUUGGGUGCUGCUAGACUGUGUGCCUUGUUGAAGAAUAGGACCUAUUCUGGGAAGACAUUUUAAGAGGCAAACAGAUUUGCUACUCACUGGCAAGUCUUUAUAAACAUUUUUUGUCUGUUGAAUGCCUUGAAAUUCACCCCUUCAAAAAAAGUCAUUUAAAAAUAUAAUGAUUCUUUGGUAUUGUGUGAGGGCCAAUGACCCACAAUCCCCAUGUUUCCUGCUAAGAGUUUUAAACAAAACAUCAGUUGAUGUUUUGCAUGUGGUAUGCACAUAUAUUGAAAAUUGGAAAUACCGUAACUCAGUAAAAAUCUAGAGACUUCACAGACUUGUUUCUGGUAUCUUUGAUUCCCGCAUUUUCCUGCCGUAUAUCUUUGGGGCAUAAUGUAUUAUGUAUACACUGUCUUUGGGCUUAGCAUUAUAAAAACUGCAACUGGAGUCCACUUCCCUUUUAUUUGCUUUUGAGUACUCAUUUUUUUUCUAAUUAGAGUAAAAUACUAUUGUGGUGGCAUUUAGGGCUACAAAUCUAGGGAAAGAAGGUAAUUUUCAAAUCUCAUUAUUUAACCUCAUGGCUGAUAGCUAAUAGAACUGUAAAUGAUAUUUUAUUACAGUAUUUCUGGAAUGUGGGAUAAUUUCAUAAUAUUGGGGAAUACCAAAUUUCAAAACUAUUUGCUAAUUUCUGAAUGAGUUUUUUAGGUUGUCAGUGUCUUAAAAGUGGUCAAGAAGCAUCUUUUUCUACAGGUGCCCAUUUUCCAUUCUAAAGGAUGGCCUUGCGUAUAUCCAGUAGGAAUAAUAUUUUGAUCAUCUAUAAAGCGAUCUCACAUUAUUAAAAUAAUGUUAGAAUAACAUACUGGCCUUGACUAUUUACUACAAAAAUACGUUGACACCCUACUAAAGAAACUUUAUUAAAGGAUUAGCACUAUAUAAAAGUCAAAAGUAUUUCAGGGGAAAAACAGGACACUGAUUUGUGUGUAAAGAAAAUUAGUCUUGGUAGCCCUAGAAAGCCACAUAUAUGUGAAUUCAGCCACUGUAGUUUACAGGAGUGUUGUGUUAGUCUAUGAUCAAAGCAUAAACUUUCUCACUUCCUCAGAUGCAUGAAAUGGCUAAACUGACAUAGGAUUUUAACUGGGAUAAUAUGGAGGGGGAAGAUAGUGUAUGUGUCAGAUUAUCAAUUGUAGUGUGCUAAAAAUGUGCAGUAACCCACGAAAAGUUUCUGAGGUUGCCCGAAAUCUUCCCAUGUUAAGCUUUGGAGAUUUAACAUGUUAUUUUGUUUCUUAUUUUAGCAAGGAAAAUCACACAGCUGGGAAUUGGUUUUGCCACCAAUUCAAGCAAUAUGCUUUAGGAGGAGCAACAAUUUGUCCGAUGGCCACAUACCCAAACAGGUCCAGGGCAAAAGGGCUUCACUUGGAGCUGCCAUGCGAUCGCAUCAUGAAGUUUGUUACGGUGGGGCUGCCGCUCUUCCUGGUGUCUCUCAUGUUUGCCCAGGAAUUUUCCACCGGAUCCCAAAUCAGUUGUUACCCUCCUAGCAACUUCACAGCAGAGCAGUCUCAUUUUGUUGAUGCCGUAUGUUGGGAUUCCUUGCUUCACUAUAAUUCUGAACCUGCAGGAGAUGCUGCAUCCAAUUCCCUCUGGGUCUUCAAGGUCUUCCCAUAUUCUUUGCUGGUCAUCGCAGUUCUCAUGUACCUGCCUUAUCUGCUGUGGAAGUACGCAGCUGCCCCCUCACUCCACUGCGACUUGUUCUUCAUCAUUGAUGAAUUAGAUAAAUCCUACAACCGUUCCAUCCGCUUGGUGCAAUACAUGGUGAAGCUCCAGCAAUCGGAAGAGGAUCCAGAGGAUUUCUGGGAGGAGCUUGACCUGGCUCGCAGUGAGAGAUAUUUUGAGUUCCCUCUUCUGGAGAGGUACCUGACUUGCAAGCAACGUUCCCAUUACUUCAUCAUCAUUUACGUAUUGAGGAAUCUCUUCCUCCUCUUUCUUCUGGCUCUCAGCUGCCUCUACUUGGGAUACUGUCAUUUGCAGGUCUUCUUUCACGAUAAAUUCAGAUGUUCAAUCAAGGCAGGGCUUCUAGAAGAAUCUGAUGUUCCAGACUGGAUUCCUUGCAAGCUGGUUUUCUUCUCCGUUUUCCAAAUUACCAGCAUCUGCCUUGGGUCUGUAUACGUCCUUCUGGGCCCAGUUGUCCUCUACCAUCUGCUCCAGCUGUGUCAGUGGGACAAGCGGCUUCUGUCCAUUUAUGAAAUGCUGCCGGCGUUUGAUCUCCUCAGCAAGAAAAUGCUGACUUGCCCAUUUAAUGAUCUCAACAUCAUCUUGCUCUUCCUGCGGGCCAACAUCUCGGAGGUCAAAUCUUUCAGUAGGCUGAGUGUACUGAGUACUCUCAAGGAUAUUUCACCCAACAAAGAAAACAUAGACACAGUUGUAGAUUUUAUGACUCUCUUUGCUGGCCUGCAGCUAUCAAAGCCAAAGCCUAAUUCCAAUGCCAACGAGAAUUUGCUCCAUCUUGAGAAUGAAGCUGAAACGAAACCUCCUUUGGAAGCCAAGAAAAACUGACUCAGGAAUGGAUUCGUUAAGAGCAGCAAAUAGCAGAAAAAUCGGAACCGGUGAAGACCAUUGAGCAUAAAAAAGGGGAACCAGUACCUCCCUUUGUGUGAAUUUGGGGUCAUCUUUAUUCAUUCUAUUUUGGGGGGCAACCAUUUGUCCAUUAAUACUGUUUGUUUUCUCCAUGGAUUUUCACACUUAUAAUACAUAUAAAUGUACAGAUUUCCUACUUGAACCCUAAAUUCUGCAUUUUUUUUACACUGUCUGCCUUUCUUAUGAAGCUAGAUUUAUAUUUCCUCUAUGACAACUCCAACACUUCUGGCCCUUCAGAACUCUGCUACUCUCAUUAAGCUUAUAAGAUCCUCAUUUUAAAAGUGGACUUCUGUUAUCUCAAGUUUUCUACUCUGAAAUCAUUCAGAAGUAUAUAAAAAAAUAAAUAAACCUCAGGCAUUUUUAAAAUAGUGGGGGGCACACAAUCCAUGGAGAGAGAACAGUUUGAAAUGCAUCUUAAUUCCUCUACACAAGAAGGUGAAGCUUAUAAGCUGGUUGAAACUGAUAAGCUGAAACAUCUUUCCAAUGUUAUACAACUUUGGAUAUUCGAUUUAAAAUUACAUUCUUCAAACUUGGCACUGUCAUCAUAAAGACCAGUGAUUAGGUUGAUAGGGUCUAUUUACCCAUUGUUUAUUUACAUAAAAUUAAAAUCAGCUAGAUAAGCCACGCCCCCUUUUAAAAUAAACUGUUAAAAACCUGCUGAGCCAAAGCCAAGAAUGGUGGUUUAAGUACAACGUACGGAAGAGACUUACGCAUCUUGUACUCACUAGUUGACAUCAGAGCUGAGCAGCAAGUUCAACCAGAAGCAAAGUAUUCCGAGAAAAUUCUGUGGUUCUAAAAAUAAUUUAUGGUUUUAAAUAUUAGGAGCUGUGGGUUUCGGGGAGUUUGUACUUACUUGGUGCCUGCGUGUCAGACUUGAAUCUUGGAGACUGCAGAGACUUCUUCCUGAAAAUGUUUUUUUUGCUUCAUUUUUGGAAGUGAUUUUCUCUGGCCUUCUUCCCGGGGCUCACAGUGCCCCCAGCUGCCUUAGUUCCUAGUUCCUAAUGUGGAGCUAAGGAUUCCCAAUUUCUAACACUGUGCCUUUAACACUAGAGCCGAGGUGGCGCAGU